AUGUCGGCUCAGGAGCUCUUUGUUGCUGCAGCUCGUGAAUGUCUGUCUGUUGGGAAAAAAUCUCUCUCCGUUCCUCAGACUCUGGACCUGGCUGCUCAGGUGUCGGCUGUUGAUUUGGGGUUGAAACCAGCUCUUCUGUACGACAGUAACGGUGCCUGUGCAGAGCAGGUGCAGCAGUAUUUGAGCUACUUACAGUCUCUGCAGCUUGUGUCUAAAUCACUUACAACACUGGAUUUAAGCGGAAACAGCCUCAUUGCUAAUCCAGUUACAGUCACAGCAAACCUUCAGCAGGUUCUUUGCAGCAACAGUGUGGCUGUGAUUGACGUCUGCCACUCGCUGGAGAAGCCUGCCGUCUCCAACCCACUGAGAGGAGAACUGAAGAGCAUGAUACAAGAUUUUCUGCUUCUUCUUGGACAGUUUCAGCCACUCGAGGAGGCCGAAAAGGCUCUUUACGUCGGAGAGAAAUCUGAGGAAUGGAAUCUGUGCACAGUGUUUGGGCUGUUAUUGGGAUACCCGGUCACCUACUGGUUUGAUCAUGAAAAGAGCUUUGAAAAUUGUCUGUCUAUGACACCACUGACAGUGACGACAGCUUCAGCAACGUGGCAUUCGGACACCGCAGGUCACAGAUGUUGUCUGUAUUCAUUCAGCGUCCCAGCUGCCCUGCACAAAGAGACACAGUCCAACCUGGAGAACUGGAAGCUGUGUCUACAGGAGAGAUUUCAGCAGCAGCAAGUCCUACAGGAUCUCACUAUUAGUCAGUCCACAGUCACUUUGCCCUCAGUCUGUUUGUGAUGCAAGAAUAAGUUUUUCUUUAAAAUAAAUUGCUCUGGAAUAUGUUGGUUUGUUUAUCACGUCAUUAAAGUGUCUCAAAACA